CUUCCCGUUUUGUAAUGUGUUCAACGUGAAUGUUACCAAACACUGAAAUUUGUCAGUCUGCACAGCUGAGUAGCGAAAAAGGUGAAAGAAACGUGCUCUAACACCCUGCUAAGGCUCAGAGGGAUGGCUCACACCUGUGUUCACUGGUUCCGCAAGGGGCUCAGGCUGCAUGACAACCCAGCUCUAAUGGCCGCCCUGAGGGACUGUAAAGAGCUGUAUCCUGUCUUCAUCCUGGACCCUCAUUACAACAGCAAUAUGGGCAUCAACCGCUGGAGGUUUCUCCUUGGAGCGCUCAAAGACCUGGACUGCAGCCUCAAGAAACUCAACUCAAAACUGUUUGUUGUGAGGGGGAAACCAGAAGAUGUGUUCCCCAAGUUGUUCAGCAAGUGGAACAUAACCAAACUGACCUAUGAGUACGACACCGAGCCCUACAGCCGGGACCGUGAUGAAAAAGUGACCAACCUGGCUAAGGAGCAUGGAGUCGAAGUCAUCUACAAAGUGUCACACACACUUUAUGAUAUAGAAAGGAUAAUUGAGGAAAACAAUGGGAAACCCCCUCUCACAUAUAACCGUAUGCAAGCGAUAGUAAAGGCUCUUGGCUCCCCUAAGAGGCCGAUCUCAGCUCCGACCAUGGAAGACAUGAAAGAUGUUAAGACGCCUUGUCCAGAAAAGCAGGACCACAGUUAUGAGCUUCCUACCCUGGAGGAGCUCGGCCUGGACACCACAUCUCUUGGAGAGGAGAUCUUCCCAGGAGGAGAACAGGAGGCUCUCAGGAGACUAGAUGAACACAUGAAUAGAACGGCCUGGGUGUGUAACUUUAAGAAGCCGGAGACUUCUCCAAACUCUCUGAGUCCCAGCACCACAGUUCUCAGUCCAUAUGUCACGCUUGGCUGCCUGUCAGCAAGAACCUUCUGGUGGAGGCUCACAGACGUCUACAAGGGGAAAAAGCACUCAGAUCCUCCAGUUUCCCUGCACGGCCAGUUACUCUGGAGAGAGUUCUUCUACACUGCGAGUGUGGGAAUCCCUAAAUUUAACAAGAUGGAGGGCAACAGUGUGUGUACUCAAGUGGACUGGGACACAAACCCUCAAUAUCUGGCUGCGUGGAAAGAGGCUCGGACUGGUUUCCCCUUCAUUGAUGCCAUCAUGACUCAGCUGAGACAGGAGGGCUGGAUCCACCACCUGGCCCGACACGCCGUGGCUUGUUUCCUCACCAGGGGAGAUCUUUGGAUCAGCUGGGAAGAAGGGCAGAAGGUGUUUGAGGAGCUUUUACUGGACGGAGACUGGGCUCUGAAUGCAGGAAACUGGCAGUGGCUUUCAGCGAGCACCUUCUUCCACAAGUUUUUCAGGGUUUAUUCCCCUGUUGCCUUUGGGAAGAAGACAGACAAGAAUGGAGACUACAUCAAAAAGUACCUUCCUCUUCUAAAGAAGUUUCCAGCACAGUAUAUCUAUGAGCCCUGGAAGGCUCCUCUCAGCAUCCAGCAGGCAGCAGGGUGCAUUGUGGGUAAAGACUACCCACGUCCGAUAGUAGAACAUGAAGUGAUCAGCAAGAAGAACAUUCAGAGGAUGAAGAUGGCUUAUGCCAAGAGAUCUUCAGAUGCCUCAGAGUCACCAAGCAAAACCAAAGGUUCGAAGCGCAAGAUGGAAUCUGUGGCUGACAUGCUGAAGAAGAAACGUAAAACAACAUAAUGGGAUACACAUUGAUGCUACUGUCAGUGUAAGUGAUAGAUUUAUUGUGGAAUCAGGGAUUGUCCCUUAUAAAACACUGCUUAUUCAGGGUUUUAUGUUCUUCUGAAAGGGAAUUUCUGUUCAAGCAGUGUACUGUGUCUUUAUGUUACACCGUUUACUUUUUUACUAUUUUAUAUUUCUGUGAGUUCGCUUGCUCCUGAGUGAAAACAGUCACACAGCAGCUUUUUAGCUACACACAGAGACCAUAAAGAGAGACACUGGCCACAUUUGUAUGGUGUAACUUUAAAUCAGCCAGUGACUUAUUAUUUUAGAUAUUUUUUAUUUCAUAGAUUAAUCCUUUAUCUCAUCCGCCUGUUAGAAAGGGUUUCUUUCUUCUGAUUCAGUGUUUUGUAUGGAUACCUGGGUGAAAUUAGCAUCUGUCUUUUUUUUCUUUUUUUUUUAACUUUUUGUGUUUGUUUCAAUGUUGCAAAUGGUGAGCCUUACUAUGUCUUCAGUGUGCAUCAUGGUGAAUCCAAACUAAAUACUGGUGCAGGUUUUAGUAACCAAGUGAAGUGUGUGUGUAUACGUAAUAAAUAUGGUUUUGAAUGUGCUUUUUAUGUGAGGAAAUAAAGGAGGCCCUCACACUAAAGGGCACCAUGUUUUA